AUGCCAGGAACAACACAGUUUCUGUGCUUGGCCGUAGCUCUUCUGGUCAUGUCGGCCUCCCUGUCAUGCAAUGCCAAGCACACGUACCGUGAAUCUAUGUGGGAAUCCAAGAGACAGGUGCAUGAUUUUGGCGGGCACAACUGCCAAAACACCUGUGUAAGAAAAAGCACAGAUACUGACAUAUACUGUGAAUAUAUGUGGGAAUGCAACAAACCGGUGCAUGAUCAUGACCAGCACAAGUGCCGAAACUUCUGCGUAAGCAAAGGCUACGACUACCUCGGGAGCUAUUGUGAGCACCACCCCUACCCGUAUUGCUGUUGCCAUAAGUAA